AUGGCAGCGAUAUCCGUCUAUCUUCUUGUGUUCGCCGCCUCGCGUACUACCUCGACAACAACAAGCGAAAUUCACGUGGCUCGCCUGCGCCUCGGCUACGAGCAUGAUCUACUAUCCCGCCUCUGUCCUGAGAUCAUCAAUCAGAUCUUUACCUCUUGCAUCAGGGAUACAGAGAUCCACAUCGGCGAAUUCGAAGAUCCGCGCAAUUGUUAA